CACAUACAACAGUAAAAGGUGGAAGAAAUAUUAUUUUUACUUGAAAGUGUGUCUAAAAUGCGAUUCAGUUACAUAUAAAAAAACAAUAAGUGUAAUAAAUGUAAACGCUUUGCUUUCUUAUAAAGUCUGACUGCUUUCUGAAUACGAAAUAGGCUUUUCAGCAGGUAACUAGGCAUACCUGAGCAACAUUCAGGUGUGGCACACACAAAGGCCCGCCCUCUACCGUUGGCAGUGAUUAAGUGUAAUAACGUUUAUCCGCUAUUUAUAAAGACAGAGCCACAUAUAAUUAUAAUUCACAUAAGCAUUAAAAAUCUUUAUUAAUUAUUUGCGGUUGUUUUUAAGGUUUCGUAUUCAAAUGCAUAGAGCCAUAUGCAGUCGUUGAGGACCGCUGAUUUCGCUGUGUGCACUACCCCAACAACAACCCGUGCGGUGAUGGCGAGGAAACCCCGUUGACAAGGCACUGCUUUUUCAUGACGCCCAGCCUUUUGCAGGAAAGAAAGGGUGUUAAAUGACUGAGCCCAUGCUUCCUGCUGGAAAUCUGUGUCAUGGAUGAUGAUGACGAUCGCCGUCUUCUGGAUAUUUUAGGAGAUGUAGAUGCGUUGAAUGACUAUCUCCAUGGCAGCAACAGCAAGUCUAUUGAGGAGGAUGAUGUAACAAAUGCAGCUUAUGGGUCUGAUGGAUCCCUCUUUGGUAAUGACACAACUGGCUCCAACUCUGGCCUCAAAGAUGGCUCUUCUACAAUGGGUGAAUUUGGCGAGGAUUCGACCGGGGCAGGCCUCCAACUCUCUAGCAGUCUCUCAUUUAUUGAGGAUGAACUGGGGCCUGAAACCUCCCCUGGAGGGGUGGAUCUUGGGGGAGAGGACCAGCCCUUUGACAUCCUUCAGAAAUCUCUCUUGGAAGCUGAUAUCACUGAGCAAACGCUGGCCCAGGAAGCCUUACUGGACUCGCAGCCUGCUCCCACUCUAGUGCAAGCUCCUGUUCCCUUCUCCUCCCCGCUGGUCUCGGGGAACUAUGGAGGUGGGGUAGGUGUGGUGACGACGGCAACUGCUACGUUCUCUGCAGGCCAGUUUUUGCAAGGCAUGCCAUCACUGCCUAAUGGUUCUGCUCAGCCAAUUCAGGUGUUUGGUGCAGGUGGCGGAGUGAUGACUCUGAGUAGCUUAGAAAGAUCACCACAGAUUGUGCUGAGGCCAGGCGUUUCUGUAGCUUCAGCAGGGACAACAACAGGGGGGCAGGUGUUUGCUCCCACCCAAGGCCAAGUUGGCUUACCUUUCAAAAACAUCCCGCUUCAAAAUAUCAUCAUACAGAGAGGCCCAGGAGGGACCCAGACUGUUGUCAGACCAAUCCAGCCUAAACCCCUCCAACCGGGGUCUCAGACUGUCUACAGCCUUGGUCUACAGCCCACUCCCACCACCGUGGCUAAUGUAGUGAAUGCUAAUACUGCUGCUCCUGCAGGACAGUACACACCUAAUGGCUCCAUUGUAGUACAACCACCCCUGGAGCAGCAACAAGCGUCUACACUGACAAAUAUAUCAGCCGGACAGUUCUUGCUACCCAGCUCCUUGGCUCUCACUCCAUCUAGCACCAUCCACAACGGGCCCAUCAACCCCAACUCAAAUCCCCUAAUUACCAGUCAAAACACAGUGCAGAUUGUUGCAGCGCAGAACUUCAAUGCACCAACAGCUGGUCCACUAAUUUUGAAUCAGGGAGUAGUAAGCGGGAAUCAGGUUGGAGGAGGUGUAACUCAGAUGUGGACAGGAGUUUCUUGUGCGAGCUCCACCUCCGUGCAGACACCAUGCGCUCCUGGACGUCUGACUCUGGUUGGCCCGGCUACAACAGGGAUCUGCAAUCAGAGCCAAGCGUCAGCUACUCCCGUGCAGCGCCUUCUAGUGACUCCAUCCCAGAACUGUACUUCUCUGUCCCCUUUACCUGGUAAUGUGACUCAGCAACAAGACUACAGACAGACUUCUUCAUCACCUGCCCUCAAACAAGCACAUGCCAGCAGCAUCCACGCAAUCAAACCCAUGACACAGGAUUCAACGCUAAACUCUGAGGUCAGUGCACAGAAGAGGCCUCUGCUUCCUACUCUUACAAAAGGAGAAAUGAUUUUACAGCAGGUGAGGAAGGAUCACGUUGCAGUUCAGACCCCAGAUCGACGUCGAUUCACUUCAGUUGACGACGCACUCCUGAGACUUAUCCCGUACCACGUGUUUCAGGGGGCUCCACCCAGCCCGGACGAGUUCUCCCAGGUGGAUGAGGAAUUUGAAGCAGCUGCAACUCAGGUGCUGAUGAGGACACAGGGGAUGGUAAACAAAUACAGGCGACUACUGAUGGUGGAAGCUGAGCGUUUCAGUCCGUCCUCAGAAAUGGUGAUGAUCGACAGGACUUUCAACCAAGAGGAGCGCAGCACCUUGAUACAAGACAAACGCAUGGUACUAGUGGACACAGACAGUUUCUUGGAGGAGUUCUGUUGUGGGACGAAAUCCAAACUUUUCCAAGCCCCUUCCCCGCCUCAGCCUAUAUCCAGCUAUAAUUGGAAUGAGUCAGAACAAGGCUCUAUGGAGCCACCAUACAGGACAGACUCCCAGCCUGGGUAUGGAGACCCAGGAGGGAGUGAGCCUGUAGGACCUGGCUCAACAGAGAGACUUCAUCCAACACACUUAGAAAACAAGAACGUGCUGGAAAUGAAGAGAUCCCAGCAACUCUACGGACCCAGCGGCAUUGGCAACAACAGCCUGAUUGCUGCCAAUAGUUGCCCCCAUAGUAAACCCUCACCUUUCCCAGCAUUGUCAGGAGGCCCGACAAACUACCAGGUGUCUCACCACCCUGUGCAGCCUCCAUAUACCCCUCAGCUCAGCUCACCCCCUCACCCUGACACAGAUUCUGCUCUUGAGGCGGCAGUCAACAGCAUCCUGGAAUGUUAAGAUGUAUAAACCAUAUUACACCUAAUGUAUGGUUUUUACUUCUUUUUUGUAUGUGCAUUUAUUUUUCUUUUUUUAUGUCCCCUGUGUGAAGAGAGGCUAACUCUUCUUUCAGGUCUGUGUUCUUAGUGAUACACAGCCAUGUAGCAUGUACGUAGUUUGCCUUGGGUUAUUUUAGGGGGAUUUUUUGUUGAAGUCAGUCAGUCUGUAAAGGUGUUACGUGAACACAUGCACUUACAGUUACCUAUAAAGAUCCGGGAAUGUGUGCAAUGCAAUGUACUAACAGAUGCAAAAUGUUCUUUUGUUUAUUUUACAGUGGUAGGGUUUGCGACUGAAUGCAAGAGUGUUCCUCUCUUCACACACUAGUUAAUACUUUUUGCCAGUUUAUUGUUUCUCCCCCCCCCACCCCACUACCUAUGCCGAACAAGAGAGAUGAGGAGGAGGGACUCUGUGCCUAAUUCUAGGUUUUUAUAUGGAAGUGUUUACAUGAAGAAGCUCUAAAUAUCAGAAAAUCCAUUUAUUUCUAUUCUUUCUACAUCAAAGCACGCAAACAGUUGCUUUUGUACAAGUAGUUCAUGGUUGAGAGGUGUAGAUCUCCUCACAUCUAAGCUCCGUAGAGAUACCUUCAAACAGGCAAGUUGCACUAAACAUACUGUGGCCUAUUUCAGGAACUAUAUAAACACAAGGCUGUUGUCAAUAUGCGGUGUAUGCUGGGCUGAACCGGAUGGACACGUUGAAGAGAACCAAAAUCUUUUUGCCUGCUUUUGUGUUUUUGGCUGCCUGUAACAAGGACAACCUCUUAAUCACACUAGAAGCCAGUUAAACUAGUCCUAUUGACACAUGUGGUAGUGUUACAGUGCUUUUUUGUGCUUAAGUCACCUUUUUCAUUUUCUUUUGUACCUUAAAGGUAUGCAAGUCCCGACACAGACACAGGACAUAUCUGUAGAUCUCUGCCACCUUCAUCAUUUCACAGUGAGUUUGUGUCUGUGGAGCUACGUCCUCAGAUUGAGGAAGAGAUGUUAAAUUUGCUGAACUUUUUUUUUUUUUUUAAAUGACAUUGAAAGAAACAGGACUGUUUUUGUUUGCUGUUAUGUGUUCCCCAGCGUUGAGAACAUGACAAUACUGUCAGCAGUUUAAAUGACCCAGGAGGGUCAUUGAUUGUAUGUAUGUUUGUUUGCCUUUUGCAUAUAAUUAUAUAUGAAUCAUAUCUUUCUCUCUAUGCUUUACUACCCUGACACGUCAAUGUGUGUGUGUGUGUGUGUGUGUGUGUUAACUGGCAACCAUACACACUGAUUUCCUGUAGUUUGGUAGUGUGAUUGCCAUACUUUUGACUUUAUUGCCAAGCGUUCUCUUAGCUCCCUGGGAUAGUUUUCUCACACUUCCUCUCUUUUUCUUCUCAGCAGCACAACCAAAAUUAUUAGGAGAGACUGUGGUCUCAUCCAGAAUCCCCCUCAUUUGUCUCAUUAGUCUGUGGCUAAUUAUUAAAAAAAGAAAAUUGUAGUGUUUCCUCUGAACUCAGAAAGAUUAUGUUUUUGUUUUAUUGAACCAAGACUUAAAAGUCCUAAAUAAUGUCCUACUUCUGUUUUUGCAACAACACAAAAGCCCUGAUUAAAUGCAUUAAAUGCUCUCAGGGUUGAUUCUGGACAGUACCACCUUUCUCCUAUGAACAUGUAUGUGAAAUAUGCUUGCUAAUAGACUACACACACAGACUGAAGGCCUUUCAUAUGGGAUGAUAGAGGACCCUUUUUUUUAAUUUAAGUGCCAGUGGCCAUGGCAGCCUGCCUGCAUCUCUGCCUCAGCUCUUGCAGACCUCUUCUUUCCGAGAAAAACUGGGCUGUUUGCUUUGAAAGCAAAUCUCAAA